AACCGGACCAGCGAUUUGGUCGAGAAGAUAAUCGACGACAUCCCGGGCCGUGACAUCAAUUGGCUCAAGAAGAAGACAGGUCUGCCUAUAAGCACAUACUUCUCGGCGCCCAAACUCCGGUGGCUCAUCGAUAACGUGCCGCCAAUACGCGAGGCUAUCGACGACCAGCGGCUACUGUUCGGCACAAUCGACACGUGGCUGUUGUGGAAGUUGACGGGACAGCACUCGACAGACGUGACUAACGCCAGCCGAACGAUGCUUAUGGACGUCGAGUCCUGUCAAUGGGACCCCUAUUUGUUGGACUUUUUCCGUUUGCCCGCAAAUAUAUUGCCACAAAUUAAGUCUUCGUCCGACUAUUUUGGCGAUUUGUUGGUCAGCGAACUAAAGGGAGUGCCGAUCACUGGCGUUAUAUCGGACCAAUCGGCGGCACUGGUGGGCCAGAAGUGUUUUGGUUUGGGCCAAACGAAGGUCACGUGUGGCACCGGCUGUCAUAUCAUACAAAACAUAGGCAGCGGACCCAUUCACGGGGCGCUGGAGGGCGUACCCAAAGAGGCCAAACAUAAUCUACUGCUAACAAUAGCGUACAAAUUGGGAGCACAGCCCGCCUGUUACGCCCUGGAGGGCAGUGCGGCCAUAGCCGGGGCCGCCAUCACUUGGCUCAGGGAUAAUCUCGAAGUGAUUAAACAUUACGGAGACGUCGAGAGUAUCGCUCAGAUGGAGGAGAGUUGCGGUGGUGUGUACUUUGUGCCCGCUUUUCAAGGUAUGUGU